GGGAGAACAGGGUUGUUUUAUUUGUAGCCCUACUAUUUCACAACAUAGCAACCCACACACUUUGCACCAACUAGGUACAUUUUUAUUUAUUUGUUUGCCAUUGAAGGAUUGGAUAAACAUUGGUAAAUGUACUCUGUUAGGCAAACAUGGCCUGUACACAAGACAAGAAAACCAAACUUUGGCAUGUGCUCAACGAGUGCAAGUUACAUUCAUUUAAAUUACAUUAACUGUAUCAAUAUAUUGACACUAAUUAUUAGUGAAAAUUCAAAAUGUUGACAUUUAUGGAAUACAUUAUUUCUAUUAUUCUUUUUUGCAGAAUUACAUGGGCUUACAUUUCCCGACCUGUAGGUGGCGAUGACAAACUACCAGCUGCUGUUGGUAUUGUUUACUUCCGGGUCGUGUGGUCGUCGGUGUUUGGUGAUGGGCAUGUUUUCACGGUUGUGAUAUAUGUUUGAGCGCGACCAAGCUACAAUCGUUGAAAAAGUAUUUUCUUCAACUGCGGUGUUUUUUCUGUGUUUAUAUCACCACGAUGACUGAGGUAAGGCGAGGUUUGAAGUAUUUUCGUGUAUGUUUCUUUGCGCCCGCAAAGCGCUGGCUACCGAACCUGUGCCCCGCCGGGCCCGGCUAAUGGCUGGAAAGCGUUACGUUUACGAUACGAUUUUCUGUAUGCAAAACUUAUACUUCAGGGUAACGUCAGAGUCGUUUAUAAAUUUUGCCCCCUUUAAAUGUGUUAAAUAUAAUAUUUUUAACAUAAGACACUAUUUUCUUCUACAGGAUGUCCAGAAGCACUCAGUCCACACACUGGUUUUCAGAUCUCUCAAAAGGACGCACGAUAUGUUUGUGUCCGACCAUGCGAAAACCAUCGCACAGGAUGAUGAAAGCUUCAAGUUAAAGAUGGGUGUGAAACUGAAAGCGGAAUAUGGUGCAGUUUUACACAUGCCUGUCCUGAAGGAAGGGAAAGACAGAGUCUCACUGCUUCCUGGCAGCAUGCAAGGCCACCAGGGCUACACACAACCAGGGGAUGACCCAGACUAUCUGAUCACUGGGACACACGCUUAUCCCUCUGGACCUGGAGUGGCCUUGACUGCUGACACAAAGUUGCACAGGAAUCCAAGUGACGGAGGAGUCCACUCCAUGGCACUGGCUUUGCCCCCCUCACAGGCCAGGCAGGACGUAAGCCGCACCGCUGCUAGUGUUGGUGACAUCCAUCGGCAUGCAGGAGGAGCGGAGAGGUCUCACCCUCAGUCGUCUGCUGUGUCUCUCUUGGAGGGAGGCGGCACCAGAAAUUCUUCACUAAUGAGGAAAGCUCCAACCAUGCCUAAACCCCAGUGGCAUCCACCAUGGAAGCUGUUUCGGGUCAUCAGUGGUCACCUUGGCUGGGUGAGGUCCAUCGCUGUGGAGCCUGGGAAUCAGUGGUUUGUCACAGGGUCUGCUGAUAGAACCAUAAAGAUCUGGGACCUGGCCAGUGGGAAACUGAAACUCUCCUUGACUGGACACAUCAGUACAGUGCGAGGUGUGGCGGUCAGCACUCGCAGCCCUUACCUGUUCUCCUGUGGAGAAGACAAGCAGGUCAAGUGUUGGGAUCUGGAGUACAACAAGGUCAUCAGGCACUACCACGGACACCUUAGUGCUGUGUAUGGUAUAGACCUACAUCCAACCAUUGACGUGCUGGUGACGUGCAGCAGAGAUGCCACAGCAAGGGUGUGGGACAUCAGGACAAAAGCGAACGUGCACACACUAACGGGCCACACCAACACUGUUGCCACAGUGAGAUGUCAGGCUGCAGAACCACAGAUCAUCACUGGCAGUCACGAUUCAACCAUCAGACUGUGGGAUUUGAUUGCUGGAAAAACCAGAGCGACUCUGACAAACCACAAGAAGUCUGUCCGAAGUAUUGUGCUGCACCCCAGACAAUACACGUUUGCUUCUGGUUCUGCUGAUAACAUCAAGCAGUGGAUGUUCCCAGAUGGCAACUUCAUCCAGAACUUGUCGGGCCACAACGCCAUUAUCAACACUCUGGCUGUCAACUCUGAUGGCGUGUUGGUGUCUGGAGCUGACAACGGAACCAUCCACAUGUGGGACUGGAGGACAGGCUACAACUUCCAGCGGAUUCAUGCAGCUGUGCAGCCUGGAUCUCUGGACAGCGAGUCCGGCAUCUUUGCUUGCAUGUUCGACAACUCAGAAAGCAGGCUGAUCACCGCUGAGGCUGACAAGACCAUUAAAGUAUACAAAGAAGACGACACUGCCACGGAAGAAAGCCAUCCAAUCAACUGGAAACCAGAAAUCCUCAAGAGAAAAAGAUUCUAAUGAUUUUAUAUUUGUUCCUCUUUGUCACAGUAACGUUUCAUUUUAUUUCUACCAAAUCUCCUGUUGUAGAUAUACGUCAGGUUUUUCUUGCUACUACUUUUUCCAUCAGGCAAACUUCUUCAUAGCUAACGUGUCUAACAGAAGCAACCACAUCCCGAUAUGACGUUCAAUUGUCCCGUUUUAUUCUAAAAACCAUUUGCAGUCGUCGUUGUAUGACAUUAGUCCGGUAAAGUGGCCAUUUUGGAGUGCCAGGAACCUCCCCUGAGUGUUUGUUCUUGAUGAUGACGGCUCUCUGAUGGCUAUGGUGUGUCUGAUCGACCACUCCUUAUAUACAGACGGAUUGGCCUCAGAGUAGACCUGCUUCUGGCUGCAGUGUCGAAUAAAUUGUUUGUGAAAAUGUUUUUUUGUAUUUACUCAACAGAAUUGCCAGUUGUACAGAUGUGGAAACAAACAUUGCCCUUUUUCUGGCUGAAAAUGUGAAGUUUAUUUUGCUCCAUUUAAUAAAGACCACAUUUUUCACACA